UUUUAACGUAUAUUAAAACGAAUUCGACAUAUAUCGUUGCAAGUAUAUAUAUUUCUUUCAUCUGGAAUUAUAAGAAUUAUCCUAAUUGAAAGAAUUUUAUGUAAUCUUAUUAACGUAGAAUAUCGCAUGCUACGUUGUUGUACACUCUUCAGAGUUGUUGAUACAUCGAUAUUUAGUUGUUAUUCAUUUGAUCUUUCGCAAUAAUGUUUGUAAACAUUUCUUUCUGUACGUUUAAACUACAUCUAAUAAUAUCGGAAGAAAUGUUUCUCUGUUAGACUUGUUUUUACAAUAUAUAUUUAAAAAAAUAUUUAUGAUAAAGCUCCAAUAAUGCUGGAGAAUUGUAGAUGCAUGCUUUAGUUGUCGAUGUAGAUGCCGUAGAAAAAGUUAAGCAGUCAUUUAUUUCAUUUAUUUACCGUUUACAUAAGUUUAUUGCAACUGAUGGAACACAAUUUUUGACAUUGUUUUAAUUAAGAUCGUAAUUGGAACAUAAAUAUAUAAUUCGUAAAUAUUUCAAUCUAAUUGAGGGAUUUUGCUUCUUGGUGAUAACAAUAACAAUUAAUAUGGAUAAUCAAUAUCAUGAAUUGAUUUUGAGAACUAUUACUCAGGAUUUGCAUCUGGCUGUCUCGAAAUCACAAAAUGAAACCAGAUCAUCGAAGAUUUCAAUAUCGAUGAAAAAUGUGAAACAAGUUCAGAACGAUAAUUAUUUUAAUGAAGGAAAAGCUUUGAACAUCCUUACAGACCAGGACGAGGACGAUGAACUAGAUGUCAAAGUCGAAAAAGAUUUCAAUGACCUAUUUUGGAGGGAAAGUUUUUUUAUCAAUGGAAGUAAUUACAACGGUACCUGGGGCGCAGUCGGCAUGGCAGGAAUUGGAAAAUACAUUUUACCGAAUGCAACCGUCUUUGAGGGUGAAUUUCGUGAUGACAAAUUUCACGGAAACGGAACCAUGUCCUGGCCGUGCGGACAAAGCAUAGAUGGAGUCUGGAUAUCUGGCAAGCUGAAAAGUAAGCGGUACAGGUUCAAGGAUGAUUUAAUAUUCGUCGAAGAUGGCUGGGAAUAUUGUCAAUUUCCUGACAGACGAUUCUACGCUUGCGUCACGACUGGCUUGAGACCUGCACGGAUAACGCUAAAAACGAAUUGUCAACCGGCUAAAACAAUUCCUCUCUUUUGCUACGAUGUGGGUAACGGUAUAUACUAUCCGAAUACUCGUUGUAUCAUGUCGUAUGAUUCAACAAAGAUAAUCGAAAUACCAACUAAAUCGAGAAUCGAGUGGAUUAUAGGCAAUUGUCGGAAAGGCUAUGACAAACCUACACACUAUCAGCCAUGGCUAAAUGAGAAUUGGUCGAAAAAAACGAGAGAAGAGUUAAAUAUAGAAUAUUGUUUACCCUUAUCAACCGAUUCACCGCAAGGAUGGUGGAAAAGAUUGUCGACUUUCGAGCAAGACACCAACAUAUAUCAGAAAGAUGACGAGUUCCUUUGCAAACAUUGUUAUCUGAACCGAAGAGAGAAAAAAACAUGUGAAAGUAGCGAAAAAACAAAUUGCUGCAAUUAA